CAAUGUUUUUCUAAUGUACUACUCACAAAUUGAUUGAUAUAUUUGCCGCGUACAAUCCUUAUAUCUUUUCUUCCCUCUAUUCGAUGGUACUUCGCGAAUGUGUGUGUGUAUGUGGUUUUUUUAGAUGUAGAAAAAAAUACCCACCUCUACAGCACUAUAGCUAAAUUAAACACCGAGACCUUUUUCAGUACUUUGUCGACGAAAUCGGCGACUUGACGUGGACCUGCAUACACGUAAUUUUAAUCCAACCGACGAUUUUCUUUUCGAAAGUUUGAUACCAUGUUGAAUUUAUGACUUGGUUGUGGGAAAAAGUACGAAACUCCCUUAGGAAUGGUAGAUUGAGAAGUAGCCUGCGAAAAUUACUAGAUGUACAAAAUGCCAGCGAUCACCUAUCACCAUUACAGGACGAAGAAGAAACAACAACACACGAUUUGGAAUGCGAAGAAGAAGACUCGCUGUCUUAUUUCGGAAUAUGUUCGGCUUGCAAGCUGGCCAUAAACCAUUACAGGCAUUUUAACAUCGCUGCUUUGGAUUUUCUGUCGACCAGAAACAAUACCUGUCCAUUUUGUGGUCUGCGUUAUCGUAACUCGGUGGAUCGACGUAAUAACGAAUCGGAGGAAACCGAAACCGUAGAUGAAAUCUUGAUCAGGGAACGGUCUCGGGAUCAAAGAUCUAGCAGCGAGCCAACGGUUCCUAGCUACAGGUUACCUCCUAUCUCAGAUGGCUUGCACAUAGGACGUUAUGAAAACGAUAAUGGAUUUUUUAGAAGACUGGAGAAUUUCAACGUUUUGUUAUCACCGAGUACUCGGAUGUCUUUACUAUUACCUCCUAUUACCAAAGAAAUCGAAUCAAUCAGCAAUUUAGAUGCUAAAGAGAGAAGUUCCUCGGUAGCUUUACGAAAAGCUAAUAAUUUCGCCGAACCGAAACAAUACCCUAAGUACGCCGUUAGGCAUAAGACUCGACAAGAAUUUUUGCAAGAUGUCAGAAAAGCUCGUCAACAAGAUAAUUACAUAAACAUAGAAUAUUUUUACUUGAGAACGUUCAAUUCUUUCAGCGAGCUUUGCGCUUUAUUCAAAGUGGAUCCGUCCGAAGAUGGAGCCAAAUCGGAAGAUCCUAAUUUAAAAAUGGAGUUUAUUUAUUCAGUUCACGAUGCCAUCCUAGAAAUGCCAGCCAUAAUACAAGAUACCGUUCUCAAAGCCAUUUUUAAUUCGUUAUUAGAAGAAUCGAAAAUACUUUUCGACAAAGAUGAAAUCAGAUCAGUUUAUAUUCUACUUCAAUGUCCAGUAUUCGCAAUUCAAAAUUCCUAUUUGAUUUUCGCUCAUUUACUAAGAUACUGCGUCAAUUUACCAAGUUCGCAUCACCAAUUAUUAGUAAAUUGGUUUAAAAUUCUCGAAGUAAACAGACUACGAACAAUUGUACGCCAUUUAAUGCAGUUCAUCACAGUGCGCCAGUUUUCAUCGGGUGAUAAGACACUACCACCAUUGAAUAAAUGCAGAUGGUGGAUUCCUACAGCCACCAAAAUACUCGCAUUAAUUAAUGCAGCAAACAACGAAUGUACGCCUCCUUUACUAGAUUACUCGGAAUUGUACAAUUCUGCUUUGGAUCACAUCGAUUUGAUGCGAGAUUACUACAUAUGGCAGAACUGCAGACAUCCUGGACAAUUUGCCUAUUGUCAAUAUCCGUUCAUUUUGAGUAUUUUGGCGAAACGAUUUAUUCUAACGAAGGAUUCAGAACAACAAAUGAUCUUGAAUGCUCGAAGAUCGUUGGUAGCUAAGAUGACCAGACAUCAACCACCACAGAUAGAUAUUUUCUUUCUGAACAUAAAUGUUCGACGAUCUCAUCUCGUCAAUGAUUCCUUAAAUGAGAUCACUUGCAAACAAAAAGACUUGAAAAAAAAGCUUAAAGUAUCAUUCGUCGGUGAACCAGGUUUAGAUAUGGGAGGAUUAACGAAGGAAUGGUUUCUACUUCUAGUACGAGAAAUUUUCGAUUCAAAUUAUGGUAUGUUUGUAUACCACGCACAUUCAAAUUGCUACUGGUUCAGUAUCGAUAACAAGGAAGGAAGUCUAAGAGAAUAUAAUUUAAUUGGAGUAUUGAUGGGAUUGGCGGUGUACAAUUCGAACAUAUUAGACUUACAUUUUCCAUCGGUUUGUUAUCGGAAAUUACUUACACCUCCGGUUGUUCCUAAUUCCGGAAAUAAAAAAAUUGGCGUAAUAGAAUCUCCUACGUUUGACGAUUUAAACGAAAUAAUGCCCGAUGUUGCUCGUGGUCUGAGAGAAUUGCUAGAAUAUGAUGGAAAUGUAGAGGAAGAUAUGGGAAUGAAUUUUCAAAUCUCACUCGAAGAAUUCGGCGAAAUAAAAACAUUUCAAUUGAAAGAAAACGGCGAGAACAUUCCAAUAACGAAUGAAAACAGACAAGAAUACGUGGACGCCUACUUGAAUUGGAUUCUAAAUACAGCUAUUUAUGAGCAAUUCAAAGCAUUUUAUUUAGGAUUCCACAGCGUAUGCGCUUCGAACGCUUUAAUCAUGUUACGAGGAGAAGAAGUAGAAAUGCUAGUAUGCGGUUCGCAAACUCCGAACUUGAACGAACUUCGCAAAAUCACUGAAUACGAUGGUUUUGAUCCCAACGAAGAAUUCAUAGAAAAUUUUUGGGAAAUUAUCACGAGUUUGUCGGAAGAUAUGAAGAAAAAAUUCCUUCUAUUUACCACCGGCAGCGAUCGCAUACCUGUAGGAGGAAUUACCGAGAUGGCUUUCAAAAUAACGCGACUCCCACAUAAAGCGGAUAAUUUACCAGAAGCUCACACCUGUUUCAAUCAACUAGUUAUACCUAAAUAUGAAAACAAGAUGAUCUUACGAGAAAAACUGACGCUCGCCAUUUCAAACGCUGAGGGAUUCGGUUUAGAGUAGUAAUUUGCGAUUUUUUUCUUGAUACGUAUUACAUGGAAUAAUUUUCGGAAACGAAUCUUUUGGUUGAUUUUAAAAUAAACGCAAAUCAAGCUAA